AUGUCACCGGGUAGCCCUUCUGAUGAUAGACAAAAAAUCAAAAAGAAAAAUUAUAAGCAACUUGGAGUAAAAGAUAAUGAUGAUAUUAGGUUGAAUUCAAGAGAAAGUAGUAUCAAUAGCUCAGAAACAUCAAGUCAUUCACAUGAAAUAGAAAUAGAAACCAACAAUAAUGCAAAUGUAGCUCGAUCAUAUGAGAUCAUAUUGGAUGAUGUUGACUUGAAUUGGAGUUUUUUAAUUAUUAUCGGUGGAAUAUUUUUUAUUUGUCUGAUAUGGUUCACAUUGUAUCACACAAGUUUAAUAUUAUCAAAUCAAACAACUAUUGAAAGUUUACAAAAACAUAAUUAUAAAAUUAGAGAGAAUACCGAAGUUACUACAAGUAAAUUUUUAAAUUUAUUUGAUAUCGGGAGAAGAAAUAAUUGGAAACAAGUGAUGGGCCCGACCUGGCAUGUAUGGUUCUUUCCGACUGGCAGCGAUCCGUAUGUCGAUGGAAGGAAUUGGCCAUUAAAUGUUUAUAGAUACAAUACAUUAUGUGAAUCAACUGAAGAAUUAAAUCCUUAA